AUGGCUAUGAAACGAGAUUGGGCAAAUUUGGAUUCACUUGCUCUCAACGUGAUUCUUGAGAAGUUAAUUGAACCAAUUGACCACAUUUGGUUUGGUUCUGUUUGCAAAAAUUGGCACUCAAUUGCAAACCUUAAUCAUCAAUAUAACCACCAAUUUAGAGGCAAUAUAUUGCCUAUGUUAAUGAUCCCUAUAGAGAAUACAAGUCCGGAAAAGCGAAGCUUGUAUAGCGUACUAGCAAAUAGAGUGUAUCCAUUUGAAUUGACAAUGCUUUAUAAACAAAGAUGUUGUGGCUCAAGUUAUGGCUGGCUUGCAACCAUAGACGAAGAAGAAGUCAUAACUUGGGUUAAUCCUUUUAAGGAUGUAGCUCCAAUUAUUUUGCCAUGGAUUAAUAUUUAUAAUCGAUAUAAGAAUUACCCUGAAUUUAAUGUGCACAAGGUUACUUUGUCAGCUGAUCCUAUAUCAAGUCCAAAUGAUUACGUGGUUGCCGCAAUUUAUACUACUUGUGGUUGUCUUGCUUUCAUGAAAGCAGGACAAAAGUUUUGGACAUACAUAGAUAAAACUCACCAUCGAGGUUUUAUCGAUGUUACAUUCUACAAAGGCCUAGUGUAUGCCGUAAAUCGUCGGAAAACAAUUGUCUCUUUUGAUUUAUGUUAUUCAAGUGACCCUAAAGGUAACAACAUGAAAACUCCAAAUGUUCUUUUACAAGGAGGCAUUCAUGAAACUUAUUCCCCACUAACUUAUCUAGUGAAAUCAUUGGAGGGAGAGUUGUGGAUGGUGAGAAGGUUCGUAACUAUUGAUGACCAGGGUAAUAAUAAAGGUACUCACAGUUUACAUGUAUUUAAGUUGGAAUUUGAUGAUAAAGGUCAGAAGCUUUUGGGUUUGACCAAACUUGACAGUUUGGGUGAUAAUAUUUUAUUUGUCGGCGAUAAUGAUCCUGUGUCUGUAUCAGCUUCAUAUUUCUCAAAAUAUCUACAAAAAGAUUCAAUUUACUAUUCUGAUAAUUAUUUUGACGAUGAACCGGUUUGUUACCCUCAAGGCCCUUUCGAUUUAGGAAUCUAUAAUGUAAAAGAUGAGAGAUUUGGUAUUCAUUGCCCUUACAAAGCUUACUUCAAAGGUAAGGCACCUCCUAUAUGGGUUGUGCCACCUUUUCGGUGGAGUUGA